UGAAAACGUGCGCGCCGCCUGGGAGGAAGAGCCGCCGCACGCGUGAUGUGUGGGACAUAAUGGUGGAUAGGUAGGGAACGCACUACAGCUCGAUAAGAGUUGCACAUCAACUGUUGACCAAUUUCCAGUUGUUGUCUUGGACCCUUCGAUUCGACUGACUCGACAGCUGCUCACUGCCUGCUCGGACUGAACGACGCCUUUGACCGCAACAAAAUGCCGAAUAUCAAAAUAUUCAGCGGUAGCUCACAUCCGGACCUGUCUCAAAAAAUAGCAGACCGCCUGGGUCUCGAGCUGGGGAAGGUUGUUACGAAGAAAUUUAGCAACCAAGAAACAUGCGUGGAGAUCGGGGAGAGCGUACGUGGGGAAGAUGUCUACAUUGUGCAGAGUGGCUGUGGCGAGAUUAAUGACAAUUUAAUGGAGCUGCUGAUCAUGAUCAACGCCUGCAAGAUUGCCUCUGCCUCCAGGGUCACGGCUGUCAUCCCCUGCUUUCCGUAUGCCCGGCAAGACAAGAAGGACAAGGUGGGGAGCCGUGCUCCUAUCUCUGCCAAGUUGGUGGCCAACAUGUUGUCAGUGUCAGGUGCUGACCAUAUCAUCACUAUGGACUUGCACGCCUCACAGAUACAGGGAUUCUUUGAUAUCCCUGUUGAUAACUUGUAUGCAGAGCCAGCUGUUCUGAAGUGGAUCAAAGAGAACAUCCCUGAAUGGAAAAACUGCACCAUCGUCUCACCCGAUGCAGGAGGAGCCAAGAGGGUCACCUCAAUAGCAGACCGGUUGAAUGUGGACUUUGCCCUUAUUCACAAGGAGAGGAAAAAGGCAAACGAGGUGGACCGCAUGGUUCUCGUCGGAGAUGUGACAGAUCGGGUCGCCAUUCUAGUGGAUGACAUGGCUGACACAUGUGGCACAGUCUGUCAUGCUGCUGACAAACUAAUUUCUGCUGGUGCCACCAAGGUGUAUGCCAUUCUAACCCAUGGCAUCUUCUCUGGCCCAGCUAUCUCACGCAUCAACAAUGCCUGCUUUGAAGCUGUAGUGGUCACCAAUACAAUCCCUCAGGAGGAGAAGAUGAAGCAUUGUCCCAAAAUACAGGUUAUUGACAUCUCCAUGAUCCUUGCAGAGGCCAUCCGUAGAACUCACAACGGCGAGUCUGUGUCAUACCUGUUCAGCCAUGUCCCCUUGUAACAAAUGGUGUCUCCCAUCUACUGUGUGCUGUUACACCAAAUAAGAGAAGAGGGAAUACCCCCAACCCAAACACAACCAUUAGCAAAGAUUUGCUAACUGUGAAGAAGAAAAAAAAA